AGUGGCCAAUGCUGCUACCGUAGCAGUGAAGACAGAGAAAGAAGAGGAGGCAAAGCCUGCUAACGGUGAAGAGAAGACUGGAGAUAACGUGGACAUGAAACCACCUGCAACAUCCCCAGCUGGAAAAUCCCCUGCCAAACCAGGUGAAGAGAAACCAACCAUUACGACAGAACCAGGAUCUGAGGUGGAUACCACAGCACAGCCAGACAGCAAAGAGAAGACUGAUAAAGACAAAGAGAAGGACAAGAAAGACAUUCUAUCAUUUGGAGAGGCUGAGAGAGAGAUGAGAGAGGCUGAGAGACGUAGAGAGAGGGGGAGAAGUGAUCAGUUCAGGAGGCAGCGAGACUUGAGACGUCGCACGAGGGAGGAGGAAGAAGACAAGGUUAGUAGGGAACUUGAACAGCAGCUCAAAAUCCUACAAAUUAAAUUGAUUCGCCAUCGCAUUGAGCGAGAGCACCGUGCAGCUGUGAAGCGCACAAUGGAUGCCAGAGGUAUGCCCAUGCAUGAGAUGGAUGCAUACAUGGGAGAGCAAAAGCGGAGAAUGGAGACGGGGUUGACAGAGCAACAAGGAGAGAGGAACCUGCUAGGAGAGAGGAACCCACAAGAAGAGAAAAACCCACUCGCAGACCAGAACCUGGGAAGAGAAUUUCCCAAGAAGAGAUGUCAGAGAAACCAGAGAGCCUAG